GUAGCCACUCAAAUGAUAUUUUAAGCCAUCUUUUUUCAAGAGGAAAAAAAAAAGGAAUGCCCCUUGGUUCUUACCUUAAAACGCCAUUUGUGAUUGUGCCUAAAACGCAACAGUAAAAGUCAGUCAGCAGAAAAAUGGCGAACUCCGAUGAAGCAAAGCUCGAACUGUUCCUCCAAUGGUUACAGGUUAAUGGAGCAGACCUUCGAGGUUGCACGAUCAAGCACAGUGAUUUAAGCAAAGGAUGUGGACUUUUCUCUGCGAACGAUGCCUUUGAUGGGGUUCUAUUAGUCGUUCCCCUAGAUUUAGCAAUCACUCCAAUGAGGGUUUUGCAAGAUUCUCUUUAUGGGCCAGAAUGUAGAGCAAUGUACGAAGAAGGUGAAGUAGAUGAUAGAUUUUUGAUGAUUUUGUUCCUCAUGGUUGAGCGGCUGCGUGAAAAUUCUUCAUGGAAACCGUACCUUGAUGUGCUUCCUACAAGUUUUGGGAAUCCACUUUGGUUUACUGAUAAUGAGCUUUUGGAAUUGAAGGGUACCACACUUUAUCGAGCAACUGAAUUGCAGAAAAAUUCAUUGCAGUCAUUGUAUGAAAAUAAAGUGAAGAAAUUAGUUAAUAAAUUGUUGACUCUCGAAGGGUUUUCAGUAAGGGAGGUGAGCUUUGAAGAUUUCCUAUGGGCAAAUUCCAUUUUCUGGGCUCGUGCCUUGAACAUUCCAAUGCCACAUGCUUAUGUAUUUCCUAAAAUCCAAGAAGAGGUUGGAAGUGACUCCUUGACCGAAGAAACUACUGAGGUUUCAACUUCUACUGUCUCUGAGGUGCAGUUGGCUUGCACUAAGAAUGAAGAUGGAUGUGAAGAUCAUCGGAUGAUUGAUAACACAGCUGGAAAAACAUUUGGGUCUUUAAAACAAGAAACUGUGUGGGUGGAGGGCCUUGUUCCUGGUGUUGACUUCUGCAAUCAUGAUCUGAAAGCAAUGGCAACAUGGGAAGUUGAUGAAAUAGGAUCCACUACUGGAGUUCCUUUCUCGAUGUACCUCCUCUCUGCCAAUUCAAGGUCUUCUGGAAUAGAGGAGGUCUCAAUCAGUUACGGUAACAAGGGGAAUGAGGAGCUCCUUUAUCUUUACGGAUUUGCCAUUGAAAAUAAUCCAGAUGAUUAUCUCAUGGUACACUAUCCUUUAGAAGCGAUCCAGAAUGCUUUCUUUUCUGAUUUGAAGUUACAGCUCCUUGAAGUACAGAAGGCUGAAAUGCGAUGCCUUUUACCAAGAAAAUUGCUGGAUCAUGGAUUUCACCCACCAAACACCUCAAAUAUCAAAGAAAAUGUGGUCUGCAGCAACAGAACUUGCAAUUACAGCUGGAGUGGUCAGCGCAAGUUACCUUCUUACUUGGACAAGCUGAUAUUCCCUGAGAAAUUUAUAACUGCAUUGAGAACUAUAUCUAUGCAGGAGGACGAGCUUAUGCAGGUUUCAUCUUUACUGGCAGAGAUUGUUGGACCUGAAGAGGAUAAGCAGCCCACUGACAUAGAUGUCCAAGCAGCUGUCUGGGAAACUUGUGGUGAUUCUGGAGCCUUGCAAUUGCUUGUUGAUCUUCUUCAAAAGAAGAUGAUGGAUCUUGAAGAAGGCACCGGAACUCUGGACAGCGACACAAAGCUGCUAAAAGAGGUCCAAGUGAUUGAAAGCACGAACACAAAUGGCUCGUGUCAGGAAUCUGCAAGCAGAGAAUCAGAUGACAGGAAGCCACAAAACUUGAUGAGCAGGAACCAAUGGUCUAGCAUUGUUUAUCGCCAUGGUCAGAAGCAGCUAACCAGUCUAUUUCUAAAGGAGGCAGAACACGCUUUGCAAUUGUCAUUAAGUGAGCAAAACUGAACAUCUUUUUACUAUCUAUUCAGCACAGUUUUAUAUGAUAGUUAGGUUUCAUCUUUUUCUUUGUAAUUUAAAUGCAUGAGAAUUUCUCUCUUUUUUUUUUUUUCCUGAUCAGGCUUAGUAAUCUUAUAUUUAUAAAAAUUAUUUGCAGCGUUUCAAAAUAAAAAACUUACUCCAGAAUUAUUACUGGCCAUAA